CAAUCUCUUUGCCAAAUGUGAUGCAGUCAAGCUGCCGCUGCUUUAAUUUUGAUUCACCUGUUUCUUGUUCCGUUUCCCCUCUACUUUUGCAUGAAUUUUUCUAGGUGUUUUGCAUUGCAUGAACAUAAAAAGUUCACACAUUUUUCUCCCAUCCAAAUGAAAUAAUGCGCUUGAAGCUUUAAGAUUUAUUGCUGUGAAGCCAGCUAGGCUGCUAGGACUUCAAAUAAAAAGAAGUCCUCAAAUUUGACACUCUAGCUUAAUUUGUAACUAACAACACCAAAAAGGUUGGUACUUGUUUGCCCAUAAUUUUCUUUUCUUUUGUGGGGAGGGUCAUUUUAUUUUGUAUUUUUAUGGUUUCCUUUGACGUUUAUAGAUGGGUAGAUGAACAAACUCUAAGACGGAGAAAACAAGGCACUAUUUGAAUAUUACGAUAAUCUCUUUUAAGCAGACUUCAAUAAACUCCGAGUGCAUAGCUAGAUUCACCAACUGUACCCUUGUCUGAAUUUCCUAGUUAUAUUGAAACUCUGUAGAAGACAAAUCUCUACAACUGGUUGGUACGAACAUACAAAUGAAGCGAUCAAAGUUAGUUUUGGUUUUGGUAAAAGAAUCCACCAAUAAAAUUUUAUUCUUUUGAAGCACGGUGCAACUUGGGAAUUGGAAAUGCUUUUUCUUGUUUCAACCAAAGAUUGAUUAGUGUGGUUUUCAGGAGUGCAAAAAGCCAUAUAAAAUCAGAGGUGGGUUGUUUUCAGAAAUUGGGCUACCUGAUAAGUUGUCAGGAUCAUCUUGGAGCUCAUAUAUAGUCUUCUUUUUAGAAUUAGAGCUGAUAAAUUGUCAGGGUUUCCUCUGUUAUUGUUAUUAGUGGAUUUGUUGUGUUGGGCUUUUUCUUCUAAGAAGAUGGUAGGGAGUAUUGACACAUUGCACCAUAGUCUGUACUCAAAUGGAUCUAUUCACAAUUGUAAUGGCUUGGAAGAGAAACUUGAUGAGCUUCGGCGCCUUCUUGGCAAGACUGAUGGUGAUCCGUUGAGGAUUGUCAGUGUGGGAGCUGGUGCUUGGGGCAGUGUCUUCGCAGCUUUGCUGCAAGAUAGCUAUGGCCAGUUUCGAGAAAAGGUUCAAAUCAGGAUAUGGAGAAGGCCCGGAAAAACUGUUGACAGAGCCACAGCAGAACAUCUAUUUGAAGUGAUCAAUUCAAGGGAAGAUGUACUGAGGAGGUUGAUCCGGCGUUGUGCCUAUUUGAAGUAUGUUGAGGCAAGACUAGGCGAUCGCACUCUUUUUGCUGACGAGAUUUUGAAAGACGGGUUUUGCUUGAACAUGAUUGAUACACCACUUUGUCCUUUGAAGGUUGUGACCAAUUUGCAGGAAGCCGUCUGGGAUGCUGAUAUUGUGGUAAAUGGCUUGCCUUCAACUGAAACACGAGAGGUGUUUGAAGAGAUCAGUAAUUAUUGGAAGGAACGAAUCACAGUGCCUAUCAUUAUCUCUUUGUCAAAGGGUAUAGAGGCUGCUCUGGAACCUGUCCCUCAUAUCAUAACUCCAACACAAAUGAUUAACCGAGCAACUGGAGUACCUAUAGAUAACAUACUCUAUCUUGGGGGACCAAAUAUUGCCUCUGAAAUCUACAAUAAGGAAUAUGCUAAUGCUCGAAUAUGCGGAGCCGAAAAGUGGAGGAAACCACUGGCAAAAUUUUUAAGGCAGCCCCAUUUCAUUGUAUGGGACAACAGUGACCUUGUCACUCAUGAAGUCAUGGGUGGCCUGAAGAAUGUCUAUGCCAUUGGAGCUGGAAUGGUAGCAGCCCUGACCAAUGAGAGUGCUACCAGCAAAUCAGUAUAUUUUGCACAUUGUACAUCAGAGAUGAUUUUUAUUACUCAUUUGUUGGCUGAAGAACCUGAGAAGCUUGCAGGCCCUUUGCUGGCUGACACUUACGUAACUUUGUUGAAAGGUCGUAACGCAUGGUAUGGGCAAAUGUUAGCCAAAGGAGAACUAAGUCGGGAUAUGGGUGAUAGCAUCAGUGGAAAAGGAAUGAUUCAGGGUGUCUCUGCAGUAGGAGCAUUUUAUGAACUUCUGAGUCAAUCAAGCUUAAGUGUGUUGCAUCCUGAAGGAAACAAGCCUGUUGCUCCUGUUGAGUUGUGCCCUAUAUUAAAGACACUCUACAAAAUUCUUAUCACAAGGGAGAAGUCAUCUCAAGCUAUCCUUCAGGCACUGAGGGAUGAAACCUUGAACGAUCCCCGAGACCGCAUUGAGAUUGCACAGAGCCAUGCAUUCUACAGACCUUCACUUCUUGGCCAGCCUUGACAAGUUAUCACAGCAAAGUCAAGUUUGAAGGAGACUAAUCAUAGGGAAGCAAUUGUAUCAGUGAGAAACAUAGUGGUUUUAUAAUGAAUAGUGCCUUUCCCUUAAUACAUAUUGAAAGCAGGGUUGAUGAAACUAGUCUCUUUGCCCAAGCUGUUGAACAGUAAUUUAGUCAGAGACACUUUGAUUUUUAAGAAUAUGGUUCUGAUACUUGCUGAGAUUUGCAA